AUGAGGCUGGAGAAUAGUAGCAAGGCCCAGACAAGCAUUUUGGAAAAGGGCAUGAUCCAAGUGGUGGAAGGAAGCCUGAUCCACCUUCGGAUCUAUGGCACAGGCAUCCACAAAUCCAGCUGGAGGAGGAUUCGGUUCGUGGAGAUGACUUCCUUGACUACUUUUAUGAGGAACUUCUCAAUCUGCCCUCAAAGAACAAGCGAUUUAUUGAUACAACCGUACAGCGAUGAUGUGCAAAAUACUUCUGCCAUACUCUCUGUGAAGGUCCAAAUCCUGCGGAAGAAUACCCACUUCAAGGACUACAUGAUGUGCCUUGAGGACCGUCAUGGGAAAUCACGCCGGUUGCUCAAGGAUAGUCAUUUGCUCCUCCGAGUGAUAGAGGACAAAGCUUUGCACCUACCGCGCUGGCUUCAAAUUACCGUGGUAAUUACCCUCCUGAUGCUCUCGGGGAUGUUUAGUGGUCUCACCCUAGGCCUAAUAGCCCUUGACCCAAUGGGAUUGCGCAUUGUGAAAAAUUGUGGCACGCCUAAGGAGAGGGAAUAUGCCACUAAGAUUGAACCCCUCCGAAGGAAGGGGAAUUAUUUGCUCUGUUCUUUGCUGAUUGGUAACGUUUUAGUCAAUUCUUCUCUCACCAUAUUGUUGGACACAGUUAUUGGGGAAAACAUUUGGUCUAUUGUGCUCUCUACUAUUUCCAUCGUCCUCUUUGGGGAGAUCCUUCCACAAGCCAUCUGCUCCCGCCAUGGUUUGGCAGUAGGUGCCAACACUGUCUUGAUCACCAGGUUCGUUAUGCUAGUCACAUUCCCAGUCGCUUACCCUAUCAGUAAGAUCUUGGACUACCUCCUUGGGAAAGAAAUGGGCACUGUAUACAACCGAGAGAAACUGAUGGAGAUGCUUCGAUUGACUCAGCCUUAUAACGACUUGUUGAAAGAAGAGCUGAAUAUCAUUGAAGGAGCCCUGGAGUUGAGGACUAAGACAGUGGAAAAUGUCAUGACCCCAUUAAAAGACUGCUUCCUUCUCAGCAGCGAUGCCAUUCUGGACUUUGACACAAUGACUGAAAUCCUACAGAGUGGCUACACCCGGAUCCCAAUCUACACGAAGGAAAAGACGAACAUUGUUGACAUGCUGUAUGUCAAAGAUCUUGCAUUUGUCGAUCCAGAUGAUCGCACCCCGCUCAAGACAAUCACCAAGUUUUACAAUCACCCAAUCCACUAUGUUUGCAACACCACCAGGCUAGAUUCUGUGCUCGAAGAAUUCAAAAAAGGUAAGUCUCACCUGGCCAUUGUCCAAAUGAUGCAUGAUCUUAACCAGGAACCAGAAGUGGUAGGCUUAGUAACCUUGGAGGAUGUCAUUGAAGAAAUCAUCAAGUCUGAAAUUGUGGAUGAAUCAGAUAUUUACGUUGACAAUCGAUCUAAAAGAAAAGUCACUGGGCUCAGGAAGUGGGAUUUUUCUGCUUUCAGGGAUUAUGAAGCUGAAGCAAAGAUCUCCAAGCAGCUACUCUUGGCUGCCCAUCGCUUCCUCUCCACAGAGAUCCUGCAAUUUGGCCCCAGCCUCAUCUCUGAAAAAUACCUGUUGCGCCUGCUGAAGCACCGGGAUGUCAUUUGUGAGCUGAAAUUUGACGACAACUUCAAGGACUCCCCCCACCAUUACUUGUACACACGGAAUAAGAUGGCAGAUUACUUCAUCCUCAUCUUGCAGGGGAAGGUAGAGGUAGAAGCGUGUAAAGAAAACAUGAAGUUUGAGAAUGGACCCUUCUCCUACUACGGGUUCAUGGCUCUUGGGCCAUCUAUCUCAGCAGAGAUGAGUACUCCAAGCUCUGCAGCUCGUUUGAGCAGCAUCAGCUGGAAGAGCUAUGAACAUAUGAGUUCUGCCUUCGUUAGCAGCAUCAGCACCAACCAGGUUCUCCCCAGCACCAGCCUGCAAUAUAUGGCUGACUUCACUGUCCGAGCCCUCAGUGACCUGCUGUAUAUCAAGAUCACACAGGAGCAAUACCAGAACUGUUUAAUGGCUUCCUUAAUAGACAGCAACUGUGGAGAAGCAACUACGAAGACACCUGACCUCUUGAACCCUCUCCCAGACAACUCUCCAUCCAAAAAUACAUCUGAAUCAGAAUGAAAACAUCAUUGAAACAAAUCACAAGGACCUGAUUCUAGAAAGCCUUCUGCUUGAACUCCAACAUUUGCCUUCCAGUUGCUAUCUGAGGUCCUUUAUGUCACAAGAUAAUCCAUUGAUCAUCUUCAGGAUGACAAACUCCACAUUUGAGAAGUGAGGAAGCUCUUGUCUACUUACCUUUUUUUUUCUUCAAAAAUGCACUCUACAUCUUUCUUCAUUUUUGGUUGGUUUAGGGACUGCCACUAAUGCAAGUUGUUGUUUUCUAUAUAUCAAUGGGUGAGGAAAAAGAUUUUCAUUGAUCCUAUGGGUAAAGGAUCAUUGAUCCUCAAAAGGGAAAAGGUGAGAACUCUCGCCUCACAUGUUUGCAAUGAGAUUUGCUUACUCGCACUUCUUUCUGAAUUAACAAAACAAAGCAGUCUUAUUAAUAAAACAAACACAAGCAUUUGUUGAGCCUUAGGAAUUUUUGCCUAAACUCUGUUGAAAUGAAUACAACUUGGCAACCGUUCCUUCAUUGCAGAAGAUUAUAUUUGUAUAGGCUUGAUUCUGCUUAAAAGGAAUACUUUAGAAAGUUUCAGAAUGCAAUUCUGCAGCAAAAACAUGUUUAUUUCUACGAGACAGAGAAUGUUUAGGGGAUUAUACCUGGAGAAGUGGAUGACAUCUCCUGUUUCAAAAAGCUACCUAUUUAACAAGUGGAUUGUAAUUAUUUUUGUCUGCUUUUCUGUCUGUACUUUUUCUUCUCAUAAAUCAGCUCACUAUUUAUUUGAGUUUGCUA